AUGCAUUUGCCUAGAGACCUAUAUCUGGUGGGGCUGUGGGCUAUAUCUGCGGUGGCAAAACCCAACGAUAUUCGCAACUAUCAUGCGUGCCACCCCGAUGCAUGUCUACGUGAUGUCCGACCAAAUGCCCAGCAGCCCAGUGCUUCCAAACGGCUGGCUGAUUGUUCCUCUUUUCUCUCCUGGACCGUGACUCCAUGUCCGGCCACUUCUACCGCGACCAUUACUACAGUUGUGAAUGCACCAGGUGUAACAGUCACUGACGUACAGGCCGUCAGCGUGACUUCGACACGGACAUAUUUCAGUGUGAACACCGUUGCACGGACAUCCACGGUCUUCAAUACUUCUACCAAAUCCGACGUCACGACAACAAUUAAGUCCGCGUCCACAGUAACCUUCACUUCGACACUGACCCAGAUAGCCACUGUUUCACUCUCCAGCGAUGUAUCCUCCACUGGACCGCCACCCAGUGCAUUACUCAGUCCCUUGAGUCUCAAAAGAGGCAUCGCAGCUUCCCGGCCCGUUACUUGUCCAGCUACCUCUUCGGCUAGCUCUGUGCCGCCAUAUGCUUCUGCCUGCCAUGGCCCUCUACAGUACUCGAGUGCGUGUAUCUGUGCCGGGGCGGUAGGAAAGGCAACGACGCUCCCAACGCCUACAACCACGAAAACCUUGAUCCGCACCAGCACCCUCGCAACGACAACUCGCGUUCGUGCCACCACGACAGUGACUUCCCUGGUGACCACGACAGUACAGAGCAGCCUCGAGCUCAACCCGGUUGUCACGAUCACCAUUACUGUCACCAGCACUACAAUGGCUACCGUAACGUCCUUGGAGCCUCCAUCCACUGUGGUUCAGACAGUCGAAGCGACGACGACAUCAACGCGCAGUCGCGAGUUCAUCUGCUUCGUCAACAGCCAGCUUGUUGCCUAUAUGCCGGUGAACGGGACUGUUAGUCUGUACGUGCCAGGUCCGUUCGACACGGUCUUCUCCUUGGUGGAUAAUAGAUACCUUUAUAGUGUCUUUGGCGGCGGGUAUCUCAGCGUCCCAGGCAACGGCGACGACCGCAUUGUGAUUGGGGGAGACUCUGCCCCUGAAUCCAACAGGCUCUCCUGUGUGCUGGAAAACGAUCCUCCAUCGGGAAGGAUGUUCUGCUCGUCAACCAACAACACGCGAAAUGUAUUCACGAAAUGCCCGUAUAAUAACAACCUUUCACUCCUGCACCUGUCGUCGACGGUAGAACCCGGCUGCGAGCCUGUCACCUGGCAAUGCUCGUCCAUAUAA